CAUAAAGUCCAUUAAAAAAUAAAAAUAAAAAGUGUAUUAAAAAAAUCCUCUGAAACAUAGUUUAUUAAAAAGUGUACAUUUUUACUCACAAAACUUGUUCAAAUGUGCACUUCUUGUGGCUCUUUAGAAGAUGCAUUGAAGCUGUUUGAUGAAUUGUUGUGUGAGAGUAGUGUGUAUCCUUGGAAUGUUUUGCUUAGAGGAACUGUGGUUUCUGGAGGUAGGAAAAGACAAUACAUUGAUGUGCUUAAGACUUAUUCAAAGAUGAGGGAAUUAGGGGUUGAGUUGAAUGUUUAUAGUUUCUCUAGUGUCAUCAAGAGUUUCGCCGCUGAUCCCGCGUUUUAUCAAGGAUUGAAGACUCAUGCACUUUUGAUCAAGAAUGGUUUGGUUGAUAGUGACAUUCUCAAGACUUGUUUGAUUGAUUUGUAUUUUAAGUGUGGUAAGGUUAAGCUUGCGCGUAGCGUAUUUGAGGAAAUUCCUGAGAGGGAGAGGGAUGUUGUUGUUUGGGGAGCUAUGCUUUCUGGUUUUUCACACAACAUGUUGUGGAGAAUGUUGAAGAAGCUGAGUUUAUUUUGGCUCAUGGAACUGAAGCUUUAGGGGAUCCAUAAUGCUGUAGGGAAAUGAGUUUUGGGAAGUAUAAAACCUACAAGAAAAUAAGGUUAGUGUCACGAGAUGUUGUUACAUAGAAAUGAAAGAUAGAACUAGAAAUACAUUUAUUAGAGAGAAAAUUCGGGGAGUCUCUAUAAUAGAGAUCGUAGAGUCUCUCCUGAGGUGAUAUGAACUUGUAUGAGAAAGAUUUGUAGAAGAAAUAGAGUAGAUUAGAGUGAAUUAAAGAGAGUCCUUCCUACUUAUAAUUGGGAAGAGAUGUCAAAAGACAACUAUGGCUGGUGGCGAGCUCGAUUGACAUAGGUUUUGGUUUCAAAUUCUCGUUUUUUCUGUUUUUAACUGGAAAAUAACCCAAGCGAACUUUAGUACAAAGACUGAAGAUUAGUUUUACUUUUGUU